UCUCAUGCAUCUCGUGUAAUGCAAUUUUCAUUUUCCCUCGCCUCCAUUUUAUAUACUCUUCAAUUUUCCCCCCUCUUCUCCCAAACAAACCGAAUCCAAAAAGGAAAAGAAAGUUUACUCGAGAAAAUUUAUACAAAAAUGUCGAGAGCUACCGUUGAGCUUGAUUUCUUCGGAAUGGAGAAGGCUAACUCCUGCAAAUCUCAGUUCCAGAAAUUCCUCGAUCGCCGUCGGAGCUUCCGAGGCAUUCAAGGAGCCAUUUCGAAGAUGAAUCCUGAGCUGAUUAAGUCUGUGAUUUCGUACGGCUCGAUGAACCGGAGUCCGGUUGACUGGAGAAAGUCCUUUUCGGUGCCUUCGAGUCCAAAAGAAGAUCGUAGCCCGAUUCCUUCUUUACCUAUUCUGAAUCCCGCCUUAAGGCCUAGUUUUUCUGAGGACGGUCGUGAAACAGCUCCGUUGACGAUUUUCUACAACGGAACGGUUUCCGUGUUCAAUGUACCUCGAGACAAGGCGGAGAGUAUUUUCAAACUCGCGGUUGUAGGAAGCUUAAAAAAUGUUGAAUCGACAGAUUCAUCAAAAGUUGCAAAUCCUUCUAACGAUCAACAAAACCUUCUCGAAACUCGUAAUGGUGAUUUGCCAAUUGCUAGAAGAAAGUCGCUGCAGAGAUUUCUGGAAAAGCGCAAAGAGAGGUUGACUUGUACACCGCCUUAUGCUUGGUAGUCGUUACACCUAAAACUAAACGCGUUUUCGAGAAAA